UGGAGCGAAGGCCUGGGUACCACACGGCAGAACAGAGGAGGAGACUGAGCGCUCGAACCUUCAUUCACCACCGAUCUUUUAAUUGACCAAACCCGUCGGAGUCCCACGGCAACCCCGAGGUGCAUUCAAUAACUGUUUAAACUGUUUAUUUACUAUUAUUGUUCCUUGGAAAUUUGCCAUUUUCUCCCGAAUGGACGCCUGACGGAGUCGCUCCACACACACACACAGUCAGCGGUGCAGCAUCUUGGAAACGAGAGACGCCGGAGAAAAAAAAGAAGACGAAACACAAUGGCAGACAAAAGUGAUCUGAAAGCUGAACUGGAGCGUAAGAAGCAGAGGCUCGCCCAGAUCCGGGAGGAGAAGAAGAGGAAAGAAGAGGAAAGAAAAAAGAAAGAGACGGACACGCAGCAGAAAGCAGAGGCCACCCCAGAGGACUCGGACCUGGACCGCAAGCGCAGGGAGACAGAGGCUUUGCUGCAGAGUAUUGGGAUCUCACCCGAACCUCCACUAGUCCCAACCCCUGUGUCCCCUCCUUCAAAAUCAGUGAGCACCCCCAGCGAGGCGGGCAGCCAGGACUCAGCUGAGGGCACCGUGGGGGGAAGAUACAGGACCUUACAAUGGGAUACAGACCCUUCUGUUCUCCAGCUGCAGGCUGACUCUGAACUUGGCUCCAGAAACCACAGACUCGGAGCAUCCAAAAUCACGCAGGUGGACUUCCUGCCCCGCGAGGUGGUCAUGUACUCCAAGGAGACCCAGACACCCCUGGCACCUCUGCAGUCUGAAGAUGAAGAAGAGGAUGAGGAGGAGAUCACGGAUCCCACACCUGGACCAGAGCCCGAGCAGCAGGAGGCCGAGGAGAAGCAGCACUCUAAAGAAGUGCACCCCAGGGAACUGACAGAGGAGGAGAAACAGCAGAUCCUCCACUCAGAGGAGUUCCUCAUCUUCUUUGACCGUAGCAUCCGUGUGGCGGAGCGUGCCCUCGCGGAGGACUCCCACAUAUUCUUCGACUACAGUGGUCAGGACCUGCAGGACAAGGAAGGGGACUUACAGGCUGGGUCCAAUCUGUCCUUCAACCGCCUGUUCUGUGAUGAACACUGGUCCAAGCACAGGGUUGUCACCUGUUUGGAUUGGUCUCCACAGUACCCUGAAUUGAUGGUGGCUUCCUACAACAACAAUGAAGAUGCUCCUCAUGACCCCGACGGUGUUGCACUGGUGUGGAACAUGAAAUUCAAAAAGACUACUCCGGAGUACAUUUUCCACUGUCAGUCAUCGGUGGUAUCCGUGGGCUUUGCUCGAUUUCACCCCAACCUUGUGGUCGGGGGCACCUACUCGGGCCAAAUUGUUCUCUGGGACAACCGCAGCCACAGGAGGACACCAGUGCAGAGGACACCACUGUCUGCCACCGCACACACUCACCCUGUGUACUGCGUGAACGUGGUGGGAACGCAGAACGCCAACAACCUGAUCACCGUCUCCACUGAUGGGAAGAUGUGCUCCUGGAGUCUGGACAUGCUGUCCCAGCCUCAGGAGAGCAUGGAGCUGGUGUACAACAAGUCAAAGCCAGUGGCAGUGACCAGCAUGGCCUUCCCCGCGGGGGACGUCAACAACUUCGUGGUGGGGAGCGAGGAGGGGACCGUAUACACCGCCUCCCGGCACGGCAGCAAAGCUGGCAUUGGUGAGAUGUUCGAGGGCCACCAAGGUCCAGUGACCGGCAUCAGCUGCCACAUGGCUGCCGGCCCAGUGGACUUCUCACACCUUUUUGUCACCUCGUCAUUUGACUGGACCGUCAAACUGUGGAACACAAAGCACAACAAGCCUCUCUACUCCUUUGAAGACAACGCGGACUACGUGUACGACGUCAUGUGGUCGCCUGUGCACCCCGCACUCUUCGCAGCCGUCGAUGGGAUGGGCCGCCUUGACCUCUGGAACCUGAACAGUGACACAGAGGUACCCACUGCCAGCGUGACCAUCGAGGGAGCGCCUGCCCUGAACCGUGUGCGAUGGGCACCAAGUGGCAGGGAGGUGGCCGUGGGUGACUCUGAAGGCCGGGUCUGGAUUUACGAUGUUGGGGAGCUGGCAGCGCCCCAUGCUGAGGACUGGACCCGCUUCGCCCGCACGCUGGUGGAGAUCCAGGCCAACCGGGGCGACAGCGAGGAGGAGGCCGCUGCGCAACUGCCAGCUUAAGGAGCAGCACAGCAUGGUUUCAGCAGCACCCCCUUCCUCGCCCACUCCACCCCAGACCAGCAGAGCCUUUGAGGCCACGCACAUAUUGAUUCCCAGGCUGCUGAUUAUGCCGAGCCGGUGCGUCCAAACUGCCAUUUCACUCCGGUGUGUGUUGUAGCUUUCCUUUGGCAGCAAAUUCCCUGGGUCCAGUGUUUUUUAAUGUUGCUCCAUAAGCCAGCUAUUUGAAGAGAUGGCCAAAUGUUGGUACCGUAAUUUUUUCUCUCCCUUUUCUCAUAUAGUAACUUUAUUUAGUGCCUGGAAACCUCUGGUGAAGCUCAUAUUUUAAAACAGCACUUGUGCGAUUAAAACCAUAUGAGUCCAGCAGGGACAAUGAGCUGAUGGGGUCAUCUCCCAGUGUGGGACCAAGGCAGAUGUGCUUUUCAUUCGCGGGUCAUCUGGAGUUGGUGUUCUUGUCCUCUAUGCACAUUUUUAUGUUUGACUUCUGCAUGAAACACCUUUGUGAGAAAGUCUCCGAGUACCUGCAGUGUCGUAUUUUGCCGUAAACGUCCCACUUCGUAAAGCAGCUAUUGACGAUAUCAGAGCGCCGCAUACAAGGGCCGUCUUUCAGCAUCGCUGUGGAAUUUCUAUGGACGUUGGGAAUAAGUGAAAAAAACGUUUUGUUUUUGUUUGAACACUUGAUAAUACACUGUCUUUGGGGGUGAAUGUUUAAGUAAGUGUUGCUUUUACAGUUUUAAAGUGUGCUUCAUUGUACUAAAGGAAGAGAAACUGCUAAUAAAA